GCAGCGUGACCUGAGGCCAGACUAGACUACUCCAUGUACCAUCCACGGGAGUUGUACCCCUCCCUGGGGACCAGCUACCGCCUUGGGCCCCCCCAGCCUGGGGCAGACUCCAGCUUUCCGCCUGCUCUUGCCGAGAGCUACCGCUACCCGGAUCUGGACACUCCCAAACUGGACUGCUUCCUCUCUGGGCUUGAGGCUGCUCCCCGCACCCUGGCCGCACCCCCACCUCUGCCCCCUCUUCCCCCGGUCCUGGGCACUGAGCCGGCUCCUCCAGCCCCAGAGGCCCUUCACACACUCCCUGGCGUCAGCCUGAACCUGGAGAACCGGGAACUGUGGAAAGAGUUCGACUCCGUGGGAACAGAGAUGAUCAUCACCAAAGCCGGGAGGCGCAUGUUCCCUGCUUGCCGAGUGUCGGUCACGGGCCUGGACCCUGAGGCCCGCUACCUGUUUCUUCUGGAUGUGGUCCCAGUGGAUGGGGCCCGCUACCGCUGGCAGGGCCGGCGCUGGGAGCCCAGUGGCAAGGCAGAACCCCGCCUGCCUGACCGCAUCUACAUUCACCCCGACUCUCCUGCCACCGGUGCCCACUGGAUGAGGCAGCCUGUGUCUUUUCAUCGCGUCAAGCUCACCAAUAGCACGCUGGACCCCCACGGCCACCUGAUCUUGCACUCCAUGCACAAGUACCAGCCCCGCGUACACCUGGUGCGGGCUGCCCAGCUUUGCAGCCAACACUGGGGGGGCGUCGCCUCCUUCCGCUUCCCAGAGACCACGUUCAUCUCCGUGACAGCCUACCAGAACCCACGGAUCACACAACUGAAGAUUGCAGCCAACCCCUUUGCCAAGGGUUUCCGGGAGAAUGGCAGAAACUGUAAGAGGGAGCGAGACGCCCGUGUGAAGAGGAAACUUCGGGGCCCAGAGCCAGUAGCUACAAAGUCCUAUGGGAGUGGAGAUACACCUGGUGGUCCCUGCGACUCCACACUGGGUGGGGAUGUCCGUGAGUCAGACCUGGAGCAGGCCCCAGCACCCCGGGAAGCUGCCUCGGCCCCAGCUCCUCCAUGUGGCGGCCCUAGUGCCGAGGCCUACCUUCUGCACCCUGCAGCUUUCCAUGGGGCCUCUGGUCACCUUCCAACCAGGACCCCCAAUUUCCCUGAGGCUCCAGACUCUGGACGGCCAGCCCCCUACUCAGCUGCAUUCCUAGAGCUGCAGCCUGGGCCAGGGGGCUCAGGGUACCCAGUAGCUCCACCCACAGCACCCUUUGCUCCACACUUCCUUCAAGGGGGCCAUUUCCCCCUAUCCUACCCGGGACCUGGGGGUUACCUGGAUGUGGGCUCCAAACCAAUGUACUGAGCCAUUGCUGGCCCCUCUUGUCUUCCAUCACAAACCUCCACUUCCCCUUCCCCCAGCCCUGUAGCCCCCUCGCUUCCACUGGCCCCAUCCCCCACACCAAAUGGCUGCCUUGGGCCUGCCCCCCCUUCACACUUUGAUUUCACUCCCACCCACCUCUGGCUUCAAAGCCUGAGCAGGGAUGCUGGGAGCCCAGCUGGGGCCAGCUUCCCCUUACCAGCUCUCACCUUGGUGUGAAUGGAGAGAGGCUCUGCCUGGCCAAAUGGGGCCACAGGCCAGCACCCCCACCUCCUGGGCCUCACCCUUGGGCUCGGGCAUGUUCUGCCCCCUCGCCCCAGUGCGAGCCACACCAAUUUGUUCUCAGGACCAGAGUAUUUUUGUUAAUAAAACUUGAAAGACACGAGUGCUCUGGAAA